GUUCAAACUUGAAAUCCUCCUGGACCUGCAACAGUAUAAAAAGAGCAACGCAGGGAUCUCAGGCACUCUUCAGGCCUAAAAAGGUUCGCUGUUACAAAGUGCUUUGUGCUGCAGCUAGAACGGGGAACAUGGCACCUGUCAAGAAGGGCAUCCUUGAACGUCUCAAUGCUGGUGAGGUGGUGAUCGGUGAUGGAGGAUUUGUGUUUGCUCUGGAGAAGAGGGGGUACGUGAAGGCCGGACCAUGGACCCCUGAAGCUACUGUUCAGUACCCUGAUGCAGUGCGACAGCUACACAGGGAGUUCCUGAGAGCCGGGUCCAAUGUUAUGCAGACCUUUACAUUCUACGCCAGUGAUGACAAACUUGAGAACAGAGGCAACAACCUCAAAGUGACUGGAGCUCAGAUCAAUGAGGCUGCCUGUGAUUUAGCCCGUGAGGUUGCCAAUGAGGGUGACGCUCUUGUUGCUGGUGGUGUGUCCCAAACUCCAUCCUACCUGAGCUGCAAGAGUGAGACAGAAGUGAGGGCCAUCUUCAAGAAACAGCUGGACGUGUUUGUGAGGAAGAAUGUGGAUUUCCUCAUUGCUGAGUACUUUGAGCAUGUUGAGGAGGCAGAGUGGGCUGUGCAGGUGCUGAAAACCAGUGGAAAGCCUGUAGCUGCUUCUCUGUGCAUUGGACCAAAGGGAGACAUGCAUGGUGUCUCACCUGGAGAGUGUGCAGUCAGGCUGGUGAAGGCUGGUGCCCAGAUUGUGGGAGUCAACUGCCACUUUGACCCCAUGACCUGUGUGGAGACUGUGAAGCUGAUGAAGGAGGGAGUGGAGAAGGCUGGUCUGAAGGCUCACUACAUGGUUCAGCCCCUGGCAUUCCACACUCCUGACUGCAACCGUCAGGGAUUCAUUGAUCUGCCAGAGUUCCCCUUCGCCCUGGAGCCCAGAAUCCUAACCCGCUGGGACAUGCAUAAGUAUGCCAGGGAGGCAUACAAGGUCGGCAUUCGAUUCAUUGGUGGCUGCUGUGGUUUUGAGCCCUAUCACAUCAGGGCUUUGGCAGAGGAACUGGCCCCUGAAAGAGGCAUAAUACCCGCUGGAUCAGAGAAACACGGAAUGUGGGGUAGCGGUCUGGAGAUGCACACCAAACCUUGGGUCAGAGCCAGGUCCCGUCGUGAAUACUGGGAGAAGAUCUUGCCUGCAUCUGGUCGCCCCAAGUCUGCAUCCAUGUCCACACCAGAAGGCUGGGGUGUGACCAAGGGUGAUGCUGAACUGCUUCAGCACAAAGAGGCCACCACCAGCCAGGAAAUGAAGCAUGUGCUGGAGGUGCAGAAGUCCAAGUCCACUGCAUGAGGAUGAGAUUAUAAAGAAAAUCAAUGCACCUUUCCCUCCAGUCAGUCAACAACAGAGAGACGGGGGGGGGGAUGAGUGAGGUCUUUCCCAGUUCAGUUAGGCGAUUAAAAGCACUUGUAACAGCAAUGCUCCGACUAUAGAGUGUUAAACUGUAAAACCCCCAAAACAAUAAACCUGAGUUUUUUACUUCA